GAGGCUUCGCUGUCCCAAGCUCUGAGGGGGGUUGCUGUUCCCAUCUGUUCCCAUUCCCGUUGGCUGCGCUACCGGUACGGGUACAGUACAGUACGAGUACUCGUACCGUACAGUCUGAUCUGUUAACUUGUCUCCCUCCCCCCCCUGCUCAUAUCAUCCCGUACUCGUACUGCAAUCCCGACGCCGCCUUUUACAGUACAGUACCGGUACCGGUACUUCAGAGAAGGGAAUAGCCGCACGGGACAGCGAUACCUACCCCUGCCUUGUGAGCCGCUCUGUCCUGAUAGAUUUAAGAGCCCUCUCUUCAGCCACCUUAUCUUAAACUUUCUGCUCUCUUCAUCGCUCCCCUCCUCCUCUCUCGUUUGUAUCCAUCAGCUUAUCCAUCCCUUAUCCGUUGUCCCCCCCAUAGUUUCUUAUAUUCAUCAGGUCCUUCAACAGGACCCUCAGCUAUUCGGAUUUCCCUUCACGCUUGGCUUGUAAAGCACGUGUGAGUGAAGAAUCUUUGCCUACAUGGCUUCAAGUGCCUUGCAAGAGCCCAAUGGCACUAGCCUAAGGGAUCGUUCAAAGGGGGAUGAAGGAGUAGAGACUUCGACCGAAAUGGAGGAUGUGGAGGUAACCGAGUGUGUUGAUAACGAGGACGCUUCGAAGCCGAGAAAAACUUUUGGUCGGACUCCCGACGGAAAGAGUGGGUGCCCGUCCCCUUUGCUGGUGAUGAAUGUUAUUUUUUUUUAACUGAUUCCGCACCAAUUGCUACAGCUUUCGUUGUUCCCCAGACUCAUGACAUGGUCUCUACCCUACUUUCGCCUAGACAGCCCAAAAACUUGUCAGAUAUUGUCAUCCUCGUUAUCCUCGCAAUCCAUAUCAUCCUUUUGUUUCUCCUUCCGCCAUCGCUACGGUCACCCGUUUUGGGCUGUCUCUUUGUCCUUUGGCGAACUUCGUAUAAUUUUGGCAUUGGCUAUCUGCUUCGCAAUCAAUCGAAUCACAAGCGUCUGGUGUGGUGGGCCCGAAAAUCCGCCAUCUUCGAUGCGGAGAGGAGUCCUCGCAUCUGUGCCCUUUUCAAGCACGAGAUUGAGGCGAAGAUAUCUGACGAGGUCAGGAGCGGAGAUUAUGUUUUUGAGGAGACCCCUGUGGAAUACAAUACCUGGUUGGUGUUCAGGAGGGUGGUCGAUCUUGUCCUUAUGUGUGAUUUUGUGAGCUAUGUGCUGUUCGCCGUGUCUUGUGCACAUGUUCCUGCCGGAGAGGGAUGGGGAUUGACUGCUGGGCGAUGGGUUGGCGGCAUCGUCUUGUUCAUGUUCAAUUUGUGGGUUAAACUCGAUGCUCAUCGAGUUGUGAAAGACUACGCUUGGUGUAAGUCUUUUCAUUGCCAUGUCGUCCAAAUGCCAUUUCCAGUAGCUUGAGGCCUUUGGUCCAUCAUACAUUGUAUCCUCCAAUUGGGAUUUGGUAGCGCUAACAGCUUUUGGUGCGGUUGAAAAUUAGACUGGGGGGACUUCUUUUUCUUGAUUGACCAGAAUUUGACGUUCGAUGGUGUUUUCGAGAUGGCACCUCAUCCUAUGUACUCUGUUGGGUACGCCGGUUAUUACGUGCGCCGAAAAUUUCAUAUGAAUUUUGCUGAGGCGCGUCAGCUGACCUUGGAUGCAGGGAAUAUCUCUGAUGGCAGCGUCAUAUCCGGUCUUGUUUAUAUCGCUGGCUGCCCAUGCCGCGCAGUUCGUAUUUUUAUCGAUUGUUGAGAACCCACAUAUUGACAAGACAUACAACACUUCGGCGCCUCGUCGUAGAUCAACACCGCCUUCCCCCAGGCCCCCCUCUUCGGAUGGGAAGGAGUCUUACACCGCAAUUUUGGCGGAUGAUUACGCUCGUGCUGUCGAGGAACGCAAGCUCAUCGGGAAGUUCGGCAUGUUUUAUAAUACCCAUCUCUGCGCUGCGCUCCUCGUUUUCUACCUCGUGGUGGGCGCGGUGGUGACGCCGGAUACACCCAUGGUCAGGGUGAUUUUUUUGCUUCAUGCUUUCGGGUGGAGACUUUGGCAUACCAUUGGUAUCGGCUCCAUCCUUAUCGGGCAGAGCCGUAACAAGGCUUGGUUCAGACAUUUUUUGAAAUUUGGCCAAACAAGGGAGGAGGCCUGGGAUCAGUGGAAAGGGCUCUACCAUGUGUCUUUGGUCAUGUGUCACACCUCGUUCUUCGCUGCCGGAUGGAAGUUCUACAGUCUUCCAGCCGGGCAGGAGGGGAUGGUUCUAUUUAGGCAUACACUGGGUGCCUUGCUCCUUGCGCUUCAGGUGUGGACAGCCGCUUCAAUCCAUGAGUCCCUCGGAGAGUUUGGAUGGUUCUUCGGUGAUUUCUUUUUUGAACAGCCAACACCACAUCUUACCUACUCUGGAAUUUAUAGAUACCUUAAUAACCCGGAGCGCUUGAUUGGCAGCGCGGGAAUUUGGGGAGUGGUUUUGAUUACCUCUUCGCAGGAGAUCUUCAUGUUGGGUCUGUUCUCUCAUGUUUGCUUGCUGCUUUUUAUCCAAUUUGUGGAGCGGCCGCAUAUGGAGAAACUUUAUGGUGGUCAGAUUCGCAGGGAAGCCGGUGUGGUCAAGACAAUCAAGAAGGCCAUGCCCCCACCUGUCGCUGACGGUGUGAAGUCCUUCCAGGGGUCAAUUGAUAAGGCCCUUGCAGAUGUUGGUGAAUUCAUUGAGGAGUUUUUGGAAACUGCAAGGCCCAGGCUUGCACAUGGUGUUAUGGGCGUUGUUAAGGACACACAGUUACUUAUUUCGCACUACCCUGCUAAGCUGUCACUCACGUUCCUCGAGGAUGGCCUCGCCAAUUACGAUGCAAAGAAAUAUUCUAUCGCCAUCUUGAAUGCUGACGGGGGGACCAAGGGUGGCGUUGCAACCAGUCUAUCCGUACCAUUUGGACAACCUAUCAGAAUUGCCUGGACUGCCCCUGUUAACCAUUCAAGGUUGGAUUGGAUUGGGCUCUACCGGAUCGCUGAUAAUGCUUCUCGGGAUGUUACGAAGAUCGCCUCUAUGGGCCGCUGGACUGCCCUCUGCAGGGACGAGUAUGAUACCGACAUUGCGGAGAAAGGAAUCAUGAGCACUGAUGUCAAGGCCUUUUUGCCCGAGAGCCCUAAUGAGGAAGUCCUCGCGGGCGAACUGGAGUUUGGCGGAGACAAGAUCUUCUGGAGCAAUGGAGUCUACGAGUUCAGAUACCACCACGACGGAAAGCACGGGGUUAUGGCAAUCUCAUUGCCCUUCGAGGUUAUCAUCAGCAAGGCACCGCUUGCGGCUGACAAGACUGAAGAAGAGCAUUUCAUUAAUAUGCAGGAGAUGCAGGAGAGUGUUGAGAAGUACCUGUUCCCGGUCGUUGUUAGGUGUUUCGAUAAGGACCAAGAUGUAGCACCCGGCGAUGUAGCGGACGAAUUUGGCGGCCUAGGUGAUGAGAAGUAUGCCAAGAGGAUCGUGUAUGCUGUCAAGGAGAUGUUUGGAGUUGAUUUCGCUCCCGAGGUUGUCCAAGCUGAUGGAAAUGUCAGACGCCUUGCCUGGAGGAUAUGCAAUGCGAAGAGAGUACUGGCGAGUGACUUAUUUCUUUAUUUCCUUCGUUCCUUCCUUCGUUCCCUCCCGUAAGAUCGACUAGCUAACUGGAUACUUGAUAGGCGCCCUUCAGCAUGAACACUUCCGGCACCCCCUUCGUCUGCACCUGAACGCUAACAAGUCAUGGAUGUCCAUAUUUCUUUCUAGAGAGGAAAGAAAAACACUAGCUGGUUC